CCUAGUGAUUUUCACAUUCUUAUGUGGCAGCUAAGAAACGCACCGUUCAAAACCGGUCAGGUGAAAAAUGCGUUAGCUAGAAAUUUUCUAAAAUCCUUAGCGCAAAUUAAUUAAAUUUGAAAGAAGGGAUGGAUUAGUUCUAAGAUAUAGGUAAAGGAAUCAAGAAUUAGGUUUGUGGUGAAAUUUUGAAGCUUUGGUGAAACGAAAGACAUGCGAUGAAAAAUUUAUACGAAUUGUUUUUGGAAGUCGACAGUGAAAAGUAGAUUCCAUCCGGCAGAAUGCCUCCCAGACCAGAGGCUGGAUAUUUUGAGGGUUAUGAGCGAGAACCCCUUUUAGAUCCCACUCGCCCCUUAAGAUCAAACUCGCAAAAACGCAGUUCCAAGAAAUCCGGAGGAUGGGCAUCUGGGCCAGACAGCCAGUUGUCGUGGCUCAUCGCCAUUGCCAACUUCCUCAUCAAUUUCAUAAUAGUCGGAUUAGGACGGAUGUCCGGCAUCUUGUAUGUCGUCUUCAUGCAUAAAUUCAGUGUGGACAGACAGACAUCUUCUAUGCCUUUCAGUGUGCAACAAGCCGCCAGAAACCUUUUCGGUCCUGCCGCUGGUAUUUUAGGCCAAAAGUAUGGAGUUCUGAGUGUCACUGCCGUGGGUGGGCUCAUCGGUGCCCUCAGCACUGGAGGAUGUUACUUCGCAAGAGACAUUACCUCGAUUACGGUUCUUUGGGGCCUGGGCUUCGGUAUUUGCACCGCUCUCACGACUACUCUAAAUCAGGUCCCCAUCGAUGCAUACUUCGAGAAAUAUCGAACUACUGCUGGAGGUCUCGCGUUUUCUGGUGGAUGUGUGGGGGCAUUCCUCUUCCCCGUGGUACUGGAAUUUCUGCUGCACCACCACGGCGUGAAAGGGACUUUCAUGGUAAUGGGCUGCAUCAUUCUGAUUGUGGUGCCCAUAUCGUUCACUCUACGACAUCCCCCUUGGAAGAAGAAGCCAAAGGUCAUAAAGGCAAAGCAGAACAAUUAUAAGACCUUUGAUUCUCCGUCACCUCGUAGCGAAUCCGAAAUGAUCCAAGACCUGAUCGACAAAGAUUUACAGAAGCUCAGACUUUCCAAAGCAACAUUCACUGAUGGGAAUUUGAACAAUUUGAAUGGUUCACAUCCAAAGGUACGUCAAACGAGUGAAGGCAUCCUCAAUUUAUCUCAUGGAGCAUCGAAGAUCUUUAAGUCUUCUGAAGUUUCCCUUGCACAUUGUCAACCUAACAGCGUGAACUUUGCUGUCCUCAAACAAAACAGCGAGGUAGUGUAUCAGCUGUUCAGUUUGACAAUGCCCCCAGAAGCUUUGGUGCAAGAUUCGAUCCUGGAUACUUCACCUAUCGUUAAGGAACUUGAGGAUCUUUACAAUUUCUUGAAUCAGCCCCAAAAGCCGAAGAGACCGCCUGCGAGCAUUGGGGUCGUCACUGAUGAACUCACAAGAAGCGUUCACGUAGUGGAGGUAAAAAAUGAAGUGAAAUUUGAUUUGAAUCAAGUCAGUGCGAAUAAAGAAACUCCAAAUUAUGAGAACUUUGAAGACAAUCCUAGGUGGGUUUUUAUGGUGAUCAAAUUGAGAGAAUUAUGCGAUUUUUAUUCGAUUGAAGAAGUUAUUCAUUAUUUCCCGGUUGAAAUGCAUGACAUAGUGGUAAAAGUGAUGGAAAGUCUGAAGGACUUGAAUGAAAUUAUUGUAAAGUUGUCAGUACAAGCAGCUCUCGCCCCUACUGACAAGAUGCCAGAAUGGAAAGAUGAUAUGACACGCAGACAAGAAAAAAAAUCGAAGGAACAAAACAAGGACGCCAAGCAGUCCAAUUCCUUUUGGCAACAUAUCAUGACAGCCAUCCGACUGCACAAGAACCCUGUAUUCAUCCUCAUAUCUCUCUGCAGGGGUGUCUUUAUGCUGACCUUCCUCCCUAUGGUGACCAUCAUUGUCGAUUUCGCCAUGGACAAAGGUCUUCCUCGUGACACUGGAAAAUACGUCAUCGCCACUCUUUCCCUAGGCGACCUUGUGGGCCGCCUAUGUCUAGGCUGGAUCACCGAUAGCGGCAUUCUUUCUUUACCCGCUUACAUGGUGGUCGCCAUGCUAAUCCUGGCAGUGAGUACCGGGACCCUGCCCUUCAUGCAUUCGGAGCUGAGUCUGUACCCUGCCAUCAUGGUGUUCGGCAUGAUGCAGGGAUCUCUGUUCAUCCGCCACCAAGUCUUGGUGUCCAGGUACAUGGACACCCAUGAGCAGACCAUAGGAAUGGGAUUCAUCAAUUUCUUCUCGGGAAUCUUGGGAUUUUUUAUACCUUUCUAUCUAGGUUACUUCCGAGACACUUUGGGCUCCUACGACAAGAUGUUCUACCUGAAUGGUGGUAUCUGCGCCCUCGUAGGACUCAUGUGGUUAUUCGAGCCUUGCUUAAAAAAAUACACUUCUGCGGCAUUGUAUGAAAAACUUCAGGAUGUUUGAAAAAUAUAUGGUUUGGAGCAAUAUAUAGUUAUAUAUGUGUGUCGGGCAAUUUGAUAAUAGACAAAAAAAAAAAAAUCUGAAUUUGAAUCAAUUCAUUCAGAUCAAGAAAUGAAGAAGCUACAGCGUCGAUCAGAUUGGCAGAAUAACAUUGUUUGAAACAUUUGUGAUUAAGAAUCGUAAUCGAAUUCAUAUUCAGCAAAUAAAGCUGUUUAGAUUUCAGAAUCAUUACACUUGUUCGGAACCAAUGGAUGAGUAGUAUGGAUAGUAUCUGCAUUAUAAAGCAAAAUUCAACUAAUAUCUAUUUUUAUAAUAAAAUCGUUUUUUUUUUUCAAAUAAAGAAUAAUGCCUCGGAUUUUGUUUUUAUAUCGUUGGUAUGUUGCAAAGCUAUGUUGCUAGUAUAAAAGAAGCAAGGCGAACAAUAAGAAAGGAUUAUGAUGGCAAAUCAUUGAAGAAGGUGGCUAACUGAAUUAUCUUUUUCGUUGUCUUCAGCGUAAUUUUAUUUUUUAUUUUUAUUUAAUCAACCAGAACCAUAUAUUCAAACAUGUUCGAUUCAAAAUCAAGCAUCCUUUAAAUUUCAGAAAUUUUAUUCAUAGCACUUAUUUUGUGAUUGGAGUUCGCGUUCAAUAAAGUCCAGUUUAUUUUGUAAUU